GUCACUUAACCUGGUUGCUUCAGUUCCUUCAUCUGUAGAAUGAGCAAAACACUCCUGUACAUUUGCCAAGAAAACCCCAAAUGUGGUCAGGAAGAACUAGGCGCCACUGAACAACAAAAUUUCUGUGCAGGGCAGAGGGAAAAGGAUUUAUUUGGAAAUCAAGGCUUGGGAACAGAACCAACCAUCAGCUCCAUGGAAGCAGUGACACCUGUAGAGAGGAGGUGGUCUGGAAAGGGCCUGAAGGAACACGGGGGCCAAAAAUCUCAUAGAUCCCCACUUCGCCCCCAGGAAAAUAAAGAGCCUGGUGCAAUGGCCGCAGAACCUAUUGGGGGGUGGGCAGGCCAGCCCCAUGGGCCCUCUGUGCUGGAAUGUAAAGUAAGAGCCCUGAAGGAGAAGAGGAUGUUGUCAGAGAAACAGGCCCUAAGUGCUGGCCUUGUUUCCCAAGAGCGACCCUCCCAGAAGAAGUCCAAGAACCGGAGGAGUAAGCCGGCUGCGGGCCCGCUGAGUGCUCCUUCUCAGGACCACGUGGUGGCCCCCCAGGCUCAGAUGCGCACUUACCUGACAGACAGAUUGUUGGACAGUAGUGAUGACCUGGAGCAGGGGCCAGUGCACAGCCCCCCUGCAAGCCCCAAAGGCACCCAGUUUCCAAAUCAGCUCAGUUUAGGGAAGGAAAGCCAGAGGUUCCCAGAAGGGGUAUGGAGGCCUCCUGACUCAGGUCUAUUGCAAGAGGCCAGUUUUUUCCAAGAAAGCCCAAUUCAGACUGCUGGUCUGAACAGGUCAGAGAUCCCAGGGCCUUGCAGGGAUGUGGCCCAAAUGCUUUCCCUGGACAAUGGGAAGUCGGGAGCCCUUGUGGAACAUCAGGUCCAAGUGGGAGUCCUGGACGAGAGGUCUCUGGCCGUAGAGGGAGAAGACCCCAUUUGUGCAGCCACCUUGCAGGGACACUUGUGGAAAGCGGACAGUUGGGAUAGUUUGAGGAAUGGCAGCCAUUCCUUGUCUUUAGCUGACCGGGUGGAGAGGAACCGCCUUCUUCUGCAGGAGAGGAGAGGCCUGUCUGAACCCAGCUGUUCUCAGCACCACCAAGAAGGACCCCCAGCCAGAGCCCCGCGGGGGACCACACCAGAGUUGCCAGGGGGAGACCUAGAUUGGGACUCAGGAGUAUCCUUGCAGGACUCUGAUGGGUGCAGGGCCUUUGUUCCCAGCCAGGAGCUGCUGCUGAGCCCCAGGCAUGAGCAGGCCCAGCGGCUCCUGCAUCAGGCCCGAAUGAAGGCCAGGACCAGCCCUCUCCGGGCCAGCCAUGACAUCGUUCCGGCCGUGGCCGCGCGGCUCCCUGGCAGCGAUGCUGCAUGUGGGGUGGGCCAGAACCCCAGGCUGACCCUCGCCCCCCGAGACGGAGACGCUCCUUAUGGGGGGAGCCUGAGUGACUCUUCCAGUGGGGAGUCCAGCUGUGGCCAGAGAAGGAAACGAGGGCCCUCGCCCUCCAGAGUCCGCUUUGAAGAUGAGUCUGCCCAAGAUGCUGAGGUCCGGUAUCGGGAGAGGUCGCAACAGCCUCCAAAGAGGGCUCUGGACUCGGUGCUCCGGGCCCUGGGUCAGGGACCCCUGGUCUCCAAGCCUGACCUCUCCAACUACAUCAAUGGGGACUUCCAGGCCCGAGGGGCUCCGGGGGACGAGGCCUCCUGGGGAUCACCAAGCAAAGGAAGCGCAGGGGAGCUGGGCAAGAGGAACCUCCCCGGGAAGAUGGCCGAGCUGACCGUUGAGGGGACGUGCCAUGCGUGUGGCUCCUACCUUCAGGGGGUGCCUCGAGACCCGGGGCUGUUUCCUGCGGAGAGGAAGAUGCCCCUGGGCAGGAGCCACAGUCGGGACAGGGAGGACGCCCGGGGUGGGAGAAAGGGUCAGGGGGGUUCCCCGCCAGAGCCCUCUGCGGCCCGGGGCCUGGUCUCCCCGGUCUGGAUCCUCCCGUCCCGGCAGCGCCUCCACACGGAGCACAUCCGAGAGACGUACAUUGGACGCGUCUCCUUCCCCGACGAGGCGGACUCUGCCCUGGACAGCACCGACACCUCCGACAGCUGCAGGACGGACAGCGAGGAGGCUGGGACCCCUCACCGCAGGAGCAGGGGCAGAGCCCGGGGGAGCGGCCCCCCGAGGGGCCGCAGGGCCACAGGCCCGCAGAGACAGGGCAGGGAACCCCACCCGGAGAGAGCGGAGGCGGGAGGCAGGUUCCAGGAGCCUCGAAGUGCCCCCGAGGGCUCCUCCCUGCCCAAAGAAGACCCUGGCCCGGUUCCUGUGCCCGAGGCCGAAAGCAUCUCCAAAGAAGUGCGGCCCCCAAUAGUGACUGCCGGACAGAGCUGUAAGUGGGCCCCCCCAGGAGAUACUCGGGCACCCUGUGGGGCACUGAAUGCCACGGCCUCCUGCCAGCAGCUGGCGCUGUCUGUGCCAGCAGGGGAAGCCCAGAUUUCAGGGAGCCAAGAGCCCCUCAAAAGUGCGGCAGCCUCCCAGCCCCCCAGUCACAGCAGCCCAACAAGGAGACCCAGUCGUGGCUCCCCGCAGCAAGCCAAGAAGGCCGCCCAACCCUUCAAGCCAGGAGCGUGGGUCCCUACUCCUCCUCCUGCGAAAAAAGCCCCCUCACCCGUGCCUUACAGAAAGGCCCUGCUGGCCCGGAACCUUGGGCCAGACGGCCAGAGGAGCCCGGCCGAGGCUCAGCAGCUCUCCCCGAGAGAGGACGGGGCAGGGGUGGGGGGCGAGCCUCGAGAAGGGAUCCAGCCCGGGCCCCCCAAGAUCAAGGAGCUCCUGCUGGUCCCCUGUCCCAGCACUGGGCCCGGGGAGCCGCGAGACAGCCCGAGAGAUCGGAAGGAGACGGGCCCAGCCCGGCCGGAGUCCGAGCCCUCCCCAGAGAAAAGCAGAGACGGUGGAGUCUUGGGUCUUUCUGAGUCAGCUGUGACCAGCAGCCUCAGCUCCACAGGCCUUACGGUCUCAGUGGCAACAGAGCAACCCCAGUCGAGCAAGGAGAUGGAGGACAAGCUCCAGAGGAUAAAGCCAAGCUCAGAAAAAACAGUCUCAAAACGAGCAUCACCAGGGUCCCCUUCAGGCCCCAGCAUCCCUUCGACCGUUCCAGCCGGUGGCAGCAAGAAAGGAAGCAGUAUCUCUUCGGCACUUGGGCUGAAGAAAUUCUUCUCUCUCUUGGGCCAAACCACUCGCCAAAAACUGGGCAAAUUCCGAUGCUACAGCAUGGAGCAGAUUCCUCCUGCAGCCUCUGACCAGGGCCAGCAGAAUGAAACCCACCAAGGCCCUAGCUCCAAGAUGAAGAAAGCACCUUCACUGCAGUCCCUCCAGCCGGUGUCAUCCUCUCACCAACAUAGAAAAGCUGGCUCAGUUCAAAAUCUCCAUUCUCUACUAGGCAAAGUGGACCGUUCCAGCAGUUACCUGGUAGGGGAUCCAGGUGAGCCCAGAGCGUCUGACAGGCAAGCAGGUGUCACUCCUAGGCGCUCCCUCAGCGUCGACGAUAUUGGCGUUCCCAACCUGGUCCGGUCCGUGGGUCGGAUAGCAGAAGUAUUUCCAGAUGGGACCAGCCAGUUGGAGCUUCGGCGUCCCCCAAAUGGUACCUUUGGCUUCUGUGUGUCCUCAGGGAAUGGUCGGCCUGAUUCAGGGUUCUACGUUCAGGAAAUUGCAGAUGCCAACACAGCCAAAUUGUACUCGGGGCUGCUGGGAGUAGGGGAUGAAAUCCUGGAGGUGAACGGGGCCAAGGUCACGGGGUUGGGUCUGGCCCUUGUCAACCAGCUCCUGUCCCAGUCGGAGAGCCUCUCCAUCCGAGUGCUGAAGCAGAGAAGCCCCCGCCGGUGACCCAGAGGGCUCCACCCCAGCUGUCCUGGGCUCCCUGACAAGGAAGGCUCCAUAAAUUGUGGAAGCUAACUCCACAGACUGUAGGGGGGGUUCUGGGCCAGCUCUGGCAUUCGGGGAAGGGUGGUGGGCCAAGAAUUAAUGAAAUUGUGGGGAAGCCCCCAUGAGUCUCUUUCCUCAGGCAGAGACUCUCAGGGGAUGUCUGUAGCUGGGUGCUUUGUCCUAGUUGGAAGGGGUGAGCCUUGGCCCUUUCAGUAGGUGAGGGGGAAGUCAGCCUCAAGAAGUAAUUAGCCUGAUGGAGACUGGCUUUCCCAACUCUGAAUCUCAGUUUCCUCAUCUGGAAAAUGGAAGGGUUGGGUAUUAUGACUAUUAAGAUCCUUUCUGUUCUAAAUCAUUGAGGUCCUGGGCCUUGAGUAGACAAUGACCAAAGAAGCUCUUCAAUACUGAA